AUGGCGACGGCAAUGGUUGGCAUACGGUUAGGAUGUAGUAUUAAUGUCAAAAGUAUUUACGAAACUGGAUGUUUAUUUUUUCUUACAGCAAAUUUAUUUCAGAGGAAAUUUCACAGCAAGUCUUGUAGCCAUGUGGUUCAGACUGCUACCAAAUCCAAUCCUUCACCUGCAACAAAACAGCAGUGCAAAUUUGGUCUACUCUUUGACAUUGAUGGAGUUAUUGUCAGAGGAAGAAACGUUUUACCUCAUUCUGUUGAAGCCUUUCAGAAGCUUGUAGAUAUCAAUGGGAACUUCAGAGUACCAACCAUUUUUGUUACUAAUGCCGGAAACACGAUGCGUCAUCAAAAGGCUCAGCAGUUGUCUGAUUGGUUGGGAGUUCAGAUUAAUGAGCAGCAGGUUGUGAUGUCACAUAGCCCUUUGAGGAUGUUCCGCCAGUUUCAUGAGAAACAUUGUUUGAUUUCUGGCCAAGGCCCUAUUGUGGAGAUUGCUAAAGGUUUGGGAUUUACGAAAGUGACAACCGUAGAUCAGUUGAGGAACUGCUUUCCUACGUUAGAUGCUGUUGAUCAUAAAAGAAGGAUUCAUGUGCCUUGUGCAUUUGAACGAUAUUUUCCUAGAAUAGAAGCUGUUGUAUUGUUUGGAGAACCUGUGAGGUGGGAAACAAGUCUGCAGCUGAUCCUUGAUGUCCUGAUGUCAAAUGGUUUGCCUUGCGAGUCUUUACCAAUAGCUCCCUAUCCACAUCUUCCAGUAUUGGCUUGUAACAUGGACCUGCAGUGGAUGGCUGAGGCAUGCACAGCCAGGUUUGGUCAUGGAGCAUUUCUAGUCUGUCUUGAAAACCUCUAUAAGAAAAUAACUGGUAAGGAUGUUAUCUAUACGGCACUUGUGGGUAAGCCGAGCGAGAUCACUUACCUUCAUGCCGAACACUGUUUACUGCAAGAAGCAAGGAAGAUUGGUAUCACUAGUCCUAUCAAGUCAUUAUAUGCUAUUGGUGACAAUAUCAACACAGAUAUAUUUGGAGCCAACUUGUACAACCAUUACAUACAGAAACGUACAAAACAAAAGAGGAAAGAGAAAGCUGAAGUUUUAGCUCAUGUGAAAGUUACAGCUGGGAGGAGUAGAGAGACAGAUCUGUCACGUAUGGGAAUCAUACCUGAAGCAGAUUUCAAUUUGGAAGUUGAGGAAGGAGUCAUUUCCUGCAAGUCUGUUCUUGUACAUACAGGUGUCUACAACCAAGACUUUGAUGAAGGAGAUUUUGAUCACUCGCCACGGGACUUCCUACCAGCAGAAGCGGCUCUGAAGGAACCUACUUAUAAAGUAGAAGAUGUUCUGAGUGCUGUUAAUCUCAUAUUUAAUGAGGAGAAUUUCUCAUGAUGUUUAUUCCUUAUUAGCUUAGUCUGAAAUUUUAUUCCCUAUCCAUUCCAUGUGUGAAAAAUAAUAGUUUUCUUAGAUGCGUGACUAUAACCAGCUUCAGCAUGUUAGUAAUAGUUAAUUUACGUCUCCAGGUUUUUUCCUUAUUUCUAAAUUGAAAGUUCGUCAAAGUUUUCAAAAGUACUGACAAUAAGUAGCUGUAUUAAAAUUAUGUAGGUAGCUAGGAAUGACAGGAAGAUAUGGGUACCUCUAUAUUUGUAAAACCUUCUUGUAAAUUGGAAAAUAUGUUAAAUAUUGGCUGUUAUACGCACUUCGUUUAGCCAGUAAUCAUUGGAGAAGAGUUAAGAUACUUUCUGUAUUUAAUAAUAAUAUAAAAACUGGAGGUGUAUUUUAGUAUCUAUACUUAAACUGUACAGUAAAUGAAAAAUUGUGUAUUGUUUGUGUUCAACACAGGAAAGAAACUCUGGUUUUAUUAUAUAUCUUUCAAUAACCUGUACAUCUUAGAUUAGAGUUAAGACAUCCUGUAUUUGUGUUCAACACAGGAGAGAAAUUUUCAAUUUUAUUAUGUACCUUUCAAUAAUCUGUACAUCUUAGAUUAGAGUUAAGACAUCCUGUAUUUGUGUUCAACACAGGAGAGAAAUUCUUCAGUUUUAUUAUGUACCUUUCAAUAAUCUGUACAUCUUAGAUUAGAGUUAAGACAUCCUGUAUUUGUGUUCAACACAGGAGAGAAAUUUUCAGUUUUAUUAUGUACCUUUCAAUAAUCUGUACAUCUUAGAUUAGAGUUAAGACAUUGCAAAUAUCUGUGUUUGUUAAAGUGGAGAAAAGUCUAUGCAUACAUGUGAAUCAAAAUAUAUGAGUAAUAAUGCAUUCUUACAAACUGUCGAUAGAGCUUUAAUGAUACAACUAGUUAGACCUCUAAAUCUUCUAUCUAUAUUAAAUCCAAGUCUAAACCAUUGCUUGUCAGAAGUCUGUGUGUGUGUGUGUGCUUAUAAUUGGCAAACUGCUGGACCAAUUAUCAUCAAACCUAGCAUGUACUAUUAGGGCCCCCAGAGGAAUGACAUAGGGAGAAUCAAAGUUCUUGAUCUGCAUCUCAUCCCAAAUACUCCCUGGGGAUCCCAGUGUCCUCCCUGUUCAUCCAACGGGUAUGUUAUUAAUAAUUCUCAAAGAACUGUUUACAGUCAUGAUCAGGAUUGUAGUGUACAGUGUACAUUUUUAUAUUUCUCUUGUACAGCAUGUGUAUGCUUUUUGUUGUUGUUUUCCAACAUUUAGAACAUGCUUCUGGUAUCUGUUAGGACAUUUUUUUCCAAACUGGAAGAAACAGAACAGUUGGAAAUGAUUAUAAUAUACUUAACAAAACUAUCACUUUGCUCUCAAAACUCAUUCCUAACCAAAUUUUUCAUUAAUUUUUUUUUUAAACAGCUAAAGAAAAUGUUGAUUUUGCAGUUAUCACUAACAAAAAAUUAGGAAACUUUGCUGAGUUAGGGGGUGCUGCUAUUUAAAUUUGGAAAACACUGUGUUAGGUUGAUUUGGGAAUAUUGUGAUAAUCCUUAUAAUAAUUGGCCAAUGAUGAUGUAAAAUAUUAAACUAAAUUCUCAUAAAAAAGUCUGUAGUUAUAAGAAAGUAAUAUUGAAACAUCAACCACUUUUUCCAAUAUUUAGGAAUAGGUUGAAUUUUGACUUAACAAAAAAAAAGUAUGGUACUGUAUGAAAGAAUUUAUUUCAAUAUUCCUUACGUUUUCAAGUUGCAAGAAUUCAUACAAACUUGAAGUUUCUGUGUUUAGCUGAAAGUUGUAAUUAAUUAUUUUUGUGCGUCAUGAUUAGAAGAUAAUGAAUUUUCUUUCUGUGUCUUUCACAGUGCAAACAGAACACCGUACAAUAUGGUACCCUCGGGUUACAUUAUCUAGAAGCUUGCAAAUAGAUGGUUAGAUCAUAAUCACUUCAAAUAAUUGAUUGAAAAUUAGUUGAAAUAAUGAAUAAUUAGCUGUAUAAUAAACAUUGUUGUGUUAUCUGGGUAAUUUAUACUAGACACUGAAUUUUGAAACUAUCCUUACAACUUUCAGUGCUAGCAGCAUACUGUAUGGUAUGGAAAAAGUACUGUACAAAUUUAGAUUGUUGAAUCCUUUUAUAAACUCGACAAAUACAAGGAAUCCUUCUUUUUGCCAUUAUAAAGUGGAAUAGGUGAUCCUCUCUCUUCUGUACAACAGUCUGCAUUUGAAGUAAAUUUUCUUGCAUAAAGCUCAAAUUCUUUAAGUAAAUUCGUAGGGACCAAAGCUCAAGUAUUGUAUAAUUCUGGGUCAGAGCUCCUAUAUCAAAUAUUUUGUUUUUCAUUCAACACCUGUGAUAGUCUAGGAGGAGUAAGCUGGGUUUCAGACUUUGUUCAAACCCUUUGAGGAAGAAGUCUGAUUUGAUAUUCUAGAAGGGAUGAACAUUUUAAGAUAUUUUGGCUGCAGUUUUUUUCUGUGAGCCUACAAAAUAUACAUCUCUCAAAAACCACAAAAAUCAUGAUGAUUUUCAUUAUAUCAUGUAAGUGUAGUUUCAUUCAGUAAUGUCCAAUCAUAAGCUAUGUAACAUACAAUUCUCUGUUUAACACAAGAACAUCCACAAAGCUUUUAAAAUAUUUACUAAACCCUGUAAGAAUGUACAUGUAUGCUGUUAAACAGGCAUUGCAAGAAAGCAGACUGCCAACUAACACAAAGCAAAUGUCAAACACGCUACAUUUAAGUUUGAACAAAAUACUUCUGUUUAGAAAUGUUAACAAUUCUGUAUAUACUCUGCUAUUACUUAUUACUUUAGUUUAAUACAAUAUGUUUAGGAAAGGCUAUUGUACACUCGUUUACUGUAACUAAAAGUAUAAUAGCACUCAUUUGCAAAGUACACUUGAUAUAUGUAUAUGUACUACAAAAAAUCGAGCAUAAGCAGGACAUAAUAAACGUGAUGAAACUAAUGUACAUUAGUAUGCAUUUAUUAGAAAACCUCAAAUGUCAUUUUGUAAGCUUUACACACAAAAUAGUCAUUGAUAUGCUAUAUAAAUUAACUUUAAUUAGUACAAAUUUACCUUACAGGAAACUUUUUAAAAAUCAAUACACAAGUAAUAUCUUUAAACUUCUAUAAUGCUAGUAAUGUGGCUAUCUUUGACAUCACUAGCAAUUUGGCAUCUUUAUGGCAUUGUAUUUCUGUAUUUUCUCAAAGUCUCUGGUGUACUUUGAUUCAGUUUUUCUUCAAGUUGUGUCCAGAGGCUUACUUUAGUACGGUUGAUACUUUUAUCAAGGAUAGAGUCCAGCAAAUCCCAGAUUUGUUCUAUGAGAUUAAGAUCUGGACUUUGUGGCAGCCAUUCCAUUCCCUGGAUAUUUCCUGAGUUUUCUUUCUUUGCCAAAUAAGCAUGUAAUUUCUUAGGUUCAUUAUCUCCUAGAAAGAUGAAAUUCUGCCCGGUCAGUUUCUUUCCAUAAUUUACUCAGUUUUGUGACGAUGGUCAACACUAUCAGUAGAUAUGAUGAACCAAACCAUCAUAGAGCCUCUUGCAUGCUGAAGCAUUGGCAUUCCUUCUACAGUUUCUCUUUGGUGAACAUAUGUACAUUGGUUGGAACCAUACAGUUAUAAUUUAGUCACAUGUCCAAUUUACCUUGUGCCACUGUUUCAAAGACUAGAAUACAUAUUCUUUCUCAUAAGCUAGUCUCUUUGUGCACUAAAUGCUCUCUUGAUGCUACUCUUUCUCAAAGGCUACAUCUUUACAACAUUUUUGAAACUUUUAUCUGUGCAUGACCUGCUAACCUCGUUGUGAAGGUUUUUCUAGUUUUCUUUUGCUUUUUCAGGGAAUUGAAUCUUAGAUAUUUGACAUAUGUCUUAUGUCAUAGGAACAGUUAUCCUUCUAAACGUAUCCCUUGGUGGGACAGCUGCAAGGCAAAUCUCUGGAUUUACAAUGUUAAAAUCAGGGGUUCGAUUCCCCUUGGAGGACACAGCAGAUAGCCCGAUGUGGCUUUGCUAUAACAAAACACACCUUCUAAAUGUCCUGUGUGUAGUUAACAGUACUUGACGAACAGCCAAGGUCUUUUUCAAUUGUUCUUAAAUUCAAACUAACAUCAUUUAAAGAUAUGACUUUGACUCUGAUAAAGGGUGUUAGUUCUCUGUUUUGGCAUUUUAAUGGCAACACCACAGUAAAUUAUCUGUGGUGGACAAUGUUUUUGAAAAAGAAAAAAAAUCUCUUCUGUACCUGUAUGAAAAAUGUAGAGUGUGAAAAUCUCGUAUUUCUACCAGUGACUGGUUGAAAAACAGAAGGCAAUCGAAUGUGACAAUGUUGCAUCAUUUUGUAUUUGGAUUAGACAUCUUAACUUUUAAAUCAUUUACUGCAUUUAAUCACUUACAGCUAUGUGUUACUUUUCUCUUACAGUUUUAAUUAAAUGUAUAACGUACAAGUCAUGGAUUAAGUAAGAAAAUCAAUAAUUUGCCAAUUUUGAUGGCUUUUCCUACAUUUUAAAUAACAAUUUUUAUAUUUCACAGGCAAAACAAAUUUAAACUACAGAGCAAUAAGGAGUUCUAAUAUAUUUCCACACAACAGUAUUUCAGUUAAAUUCAAAUGCAACAUAGUGUAACACAUACGUGCAACAGUAAUAAUGUAUUUUUCUUGUGGCCAUUUAUACUUGCAUGGUAAGUUCUAGAUCAACAAGACAGCUUUUAACUAUUAUGAUACACAAUAACAUGUACUUCAGUAUAAAAUUUUGUACUUCUUGACCAUAAAAUGUUUCUAUUCUAAUGCAGACAUCAGCAUUUAGCUUGAGCAGAUAAAAAUGAGAAUCCCCAGUGCCACAACAUUGCUCAGUUAAGUCCGGAGAUGACUGUUCACAGUCAGCUUCUAGUGUAUUAGAUAGUAGGUUAUUUAAAAUGGUAUUCAGUGUAUUUUUAAUCCAAAUGUUGAUUAUUCUGGUGUUCUGCUCAUAGUAUACAAUGUGUCAGAAACUAAGUUGCUCAUACUUGUAUGUAGCUGCUUUUACUUUGGGAAUGUGACCCACUGCUAUAAAUUAACAAUGUAACAAGUUUGUUGACUCUGCAUAUGAACGUGUUAAAAUGAGAAGUUAAGUGAAAUUAGCUUAAGCCUUUUACUAUAAAAAUAUUGUUUCUUAUUCUGCUACUUGGUUAUUGAUUAAAAUUAUUGUAAAUCACAAUUUACCUAUACUUAGAAAUGUUUCCUAUGUUUGCAAGUGACAUUGCAUGGUGGAAACGGAUUGAGCAUAUAAUAUUUUCAUUCACAGCAUCUGACUGGUUCAUAACGCUAAUAGUCUUCUAACUCUUCACAAGUGAAAGAUAUCAAUGGAAUAUUUAGUGCUGAAAAUUUGAAAUUGUAAUAUAUUUAUGAUUUUAUGGUUAAUACGAAAAUGGUUAGUAAUUUGGAUCUUGCAUCAAUACAUUUUGGCUAGGAGUAUAUGACACUCUGAAAAAAAUUCUGUAUUUUGUACUUUACAACAUACAUGGAAAGGUUUAGGUAGGUUCUAUCUAACAGUAAAUCCAGUUUGAUUUUUUUUCCUUAAAAUGUAUUGAAUGAACCACAAAAGGUGAGGUUUUUUAAUAAUCUCCUAGGUUAAGGAAACAUUAUUACUGAAUUCGGUGGUUUAGGUACCAGAUAUUUGUGUUUAUGCAAUGCAUCAACUAGAAUAAAUAAAUAUUUUUCAAUUUGUUAUAAAACACUUAAAAAAUCAUUUCUGUAGUUAAAUAAGGCAAAGUUAAUAAUAACAUAAUUAUAAACAGUGUAUUUUGAGAGAAAUUAAACAUUUUAAUUUAUGUCUUUAUUACAUAACUAUAUAUUUUCCUCCUCGUAUAGUGGGUGAGACAUUGGCUGGUGACUAGAAUUGUGAACUAUGGACUUGAGGGUCCAUGGUUCUCAUAGCGUUGCCAUAAAAAUACGAUUGGGCUCCAUAUGUUAGAACUGUAGGUGUGUUAUAGGAGUGAAGGUCAAAUCCCACUAUUCAAUUAGAGUAGCCCAAGAUUUGACAAUAGGUACCAUUGACCUCUAGUUUAUCAGUUCAAAAGUAAAGUUUGCUCGUGCAGAUAGUCAUUGUGCAAAUAUUCUAAACUAAGAAAACUGUGUAUAUUUAAUUUUUUCCAUGCCCACAUAUACCUUUUUUUCAACAUUGAUUGAAUUACCGAUAACUGUUCAACAAAUGAAGCACCAAUAGAAGAUGUUCUCCCUUAGCCUUGUGAAGACUAAUGUUCUCAAGUAAAACUCAUCUGUUUGUUCUGUACUGUUAAUAACGUAACAAUGGAUAACUUUGAAAUGAAGAAGGGAAUUGUGAUAAUAUAGUUGUUGUUUUUUUAUUCAUUAUGUUGAAAUUUUUAAAACCAUCAGUUAAGUUUUUUGUUUUUGAAAUGUUAUUGAAAUAUUACAUUUACUGCUGUCAUCAUACAUUAAUGAAAAUAAAUAUUAAGUAUUACUAAAUACUAAUUUCAUACCAUUCCCAAACUUUGUGUGCUUAUCUCUUGAUGAGGUAGACUGGUACACAUUAUUUUGAGUAGGGUGAUAAAAUGGGCUCUUAAAGAUUUGAAUUGAAUACUUAAAAUUAGUAUGUUUACAAUUAUACAGUAUCAUUCCCGAAGUGUAUGAGUCAAAUCAUAGUUUUCUUGAUUUAUUUCAAAAUAUAAGAUGGAAUAAUUUAUCUUGAUUAUACAUUGGGGCCCCACUGUAACAUGGUCCACAGUGUCCAUGUCAUAAGACUGCAGUAUAACUAGGCCAUUUCAAAACCACUAAGCCAAUUGUAGAACAAUGGAUAAAAUGAUUAAAAAGGCCUCAUAAACAGAUAAGUCUGAAUGAAAAUUUUGGGGUCCAAAGGUGGAAUAAUUUAUCUUGAUUAUACAUUGGGGCCCCACUGUAACAUGGUCCACAGUGUCCAUGUCAUAAGACUGCAGUAUAACUAGGCCCUUUCAAAACCACCAAGCCAAUUGUAGAACAACGGAUAAAAUGAUUAAAAAGGCCUCAUAAACAGAUAAGUCUGAAUGAAAAUUUUGGGGUCCAAGAUGGAUCCGUACGUUACGAUGAGUUUUCCACAAUAGCGGACUGUAUUAUAACAGGUCCCCAGUGUACAUUUAAAUAUUUUUCCGCUAAAGAGAAGUAUAAACUUGAAGAUUUUGACUGCUAGCAAAGCGAAAGCGGUUUAUCUUAAUAAUGGUUUUAUUUUCAUAAACUUUUUCAAGGUGACUACCUAAUAUGUAGCUGUAUUUAAUGAACAUUAUUAUAAAAUGGAACAAAAGUCUUGAUUGGAAGUUUUAAUGUGUAACAUUUUUAGAAGUUAGGAAUUGAUUUGUUUGUGUUCAGGAUGAUGAUGGUGACUGUAAAAUGAAAAGUACAAGUAAUAUUGUACGACAUUAUGAUAGGAUUGUUUUGCAUCUAGAGAAGGUGAAUUAUAUAUCUAACUGUAAAUAAAAACUUGUUUCUUGA